AUGACUAUUUCCUCUGCACAUCCAGAAACAGAUCCUAAAUGGUGGAAAGAAGCAACAAUCUACCAGAUUUACCCAGCAAGUUUCAAAGACUCCAACAAUGAUGGUUGGGGUGAUAUGAAAGGUAUUGCUUCUAAAUUAGAGUACAUCAAAGGACUUGGUGCUGAUGCCAUUUGGAUCUCGCCAUUCUACGACUCUCCACAAGAUGACAUGGGCUACGACAUUGCCAAUUAUGAAAAAGUCUGGCCAACAUAUGGUACCAAUGAAGACUGCUUUGCUCUGAUCGAAAAGACUCACAAGCUGGGAAUGAAAUUUGUCACCGAUUUGGUCAUCAACCACUGCUCCAGCGAACAUGAAUGGUUCAAAGAGAGCAGAUCCUCAAAGACCAAUUCUAAACGUGACUGGUUUUUCUGGAGACCUCCUAAGGGCUAUGAUGCCGAAGGUAGCCCAAUCCCUCCAAAUAACUGGAGAUCUUACUUUGGUGGUUCCGCAUGGACUUUUGACGAGACAACAAAGGAGUUUUACUUGCGUUUGUUUUGCUCCACCCAACCUGAUCUAAAUUGGGAGAAUGAAGAUUGUAGAAAGGCAAUCUAUGAAAGUGCUGUUGGAUAUUGGUUAGACCAUGGCGUUGACGGUUUCAGAAUUGAUGUGGGGAGCUUGUACUCCAAAGUUGUUGGUUUACCAGAUGCUCCUGUGAUUGACGGGAACACAAUGUGGCAACCUAGUGAUCCUUUCACAAUGAAUGGACCACGUAUUCACGAAUAUCACCAAGAAAUGAACAAGUUCAUGAGAGACAGGGUCAAGGAUGGCAGGGAGAUUAUGACGGUUGGCGAGAUGCAACACGCUUCCGAUGAGACCAAGAGGCUAUAUACAAGUGCCUCUAGACACGAGCUGUGUGAGUUGUUCAACUUCUCACACACCGACGUGGGGACUUCACCCUUGUUCCGCCAAAACUUAAUUCCAUUUGGACUGAAGGAUUGGAAGGUUGCCCUCGCUGAACUUUUUAGGUACAUUAACGGGACUGAUUGUUGGUCGGCUGUUUACUUGGAAAACCAUGACCAACCUCGUUCCAUCACGAGAUUUGGUGACGAUUCGCCAAAGAAUCGUGUCGUUUCUGGUAAGCUACUGUCUGUGUUGCUAAGUGCUUUAACCGGUACUCUAUAUGUGUACCAAGGACAAGAGCUGGGCCAAAUCAACUUCAAAAACUGGCCUGUUGAGAAGUACGAGGAUGUUGAGAUUAGAAACAACUACAAAGCCAUUAAGGAAGAGCAUGGGGAAAACUCCGAGGAGAUGAAGAAGUUUUUAGAAGCCAUUGCCCUUAUCUCUAGAGACCAUGCCAGAACACCUAUGCAAUGGUCACAUGAAGAGCCAAACGCCGGAUUUUCUGGUCCUAAUGCUAAACCAUGGUUUUAUUUGAACGAGUCUUUCAGAGAAGGCAUUAACGUUGAUGAUGAGGCCAAGAACCCAAACUCUGUUUUGAACUUCUGGAAGGAGGCUUUGAGAUUCAGAAAGGCCCACAAGGAUAUUACCGUCUAUGGCUAUGAUUUCGAGUUCAUUGACUUGGACAAUGGCAAGCUGUUCAGCUUCACAAAGAAAUACGGCAGCAAGACAUUGUUUGCUGCCUUGAAUUUUAGCUCUGACGUGAUUGAUUUUACGAUUCCAAAUGAUAGCCCAUCAUUCAAGUUAGAGUUUGGAAAUUUCCCAAAGGAGGAAGUCGAUGCCUCCUCCAGGACAUUGAAGCAAUGGGAAGGUAGAAUUUACAUUUCUGAAUGA